GUUUUAGUGUCUUCAGAUUUCCUUUUCUCGAGGUCCUCACAAUUACUCUACAACUCAGAACAGCAACUGCUGAGGCUGCCUUGGGAAGAGGAUGAUCCUAAACAAAGUUCUGAUGCUGGGGGCCCUCGUCCUGACCACCAUGAUAAACCCCUGUGGAGGCGAAAACAUUGUGGCUGACCACAUUGCCUCUUAUGGUGUAAACUUGUACCAGUCUUAUGGUCCCUCUGGCCAGUUCACCCAUGAAUUUGAUGGAGAUGAGGAGUUCUACGUGGACCUAGGGAAAAAGGAGACUGUCUGGCGAUUGCCUAUGUUCAGCACAUUUACAAGUUUUGAUCCGCAGGGCGCACUGACAAACAUCGCUGUGACAAAACACAACUUGGACAUCCUGAUUAAACGCUCCAACUCUACCGCUGCUACCAAUGAGGUUCCUGAGGUCACAGUGUUUUCCAAGUCUCCUGUGGCACUGGGUAAGCCCAACACCCUCAUCUGCCUUGUGGACAACAUCUUUCCUCCCGUGGUCAACAUCACAUGGUUGAGCAAUGGGCACUCGGUCACAGAAGGUGUUUCUGAAACCAGCUUCCUCUCCAAGAGUGAUCAUUCCUUCUUCAAGAUCAGUUACCUCACCUUCCUCCCUUCUGCUGAUGAGAUUUAUGACUGCAAGGUGGAGCACUGGGGCCUGGAUGAGCCUUUUCUGAAACACUGGGAGCCUGAGAUUUCACCCUCUGUGUCAGAGUUCACAGAGACUGUGGUCUGCGCCCUGGGGUUGUCUGUGGGCCUCGUGGGCAUUGUGGUGGGCACUGUCUUCAUCAUCCGAGGCCUGCGUUCAGCUGGUGCUUCCAGACGCCAAGGGCUCUUGUGAAUCCCAUCCUGGAAGGGAAGGUGCAUCACCAUCUACAGGAGCAGAAUGGACUUGCUAGGUGACCUAGCACUGUUUUCUGGCCUGAUUUAUCAUAUCCCUUUUCUCCUCCAAAUGGUUCUCCUCUCACCUUUUCUCUGGGACUUCAGCUGCUGUAUCUCCUCAGAGCUCACAAAUGCCUUUGAAUUAUUUCCUCCUGAUUUUUUUUUCUUUUCUCUAAAGUUAUCUAUUAAGAGAUGCCUGGGGUAAGCCACCCAGCUACCUAAUUCCUCCGUAACCUCAAUCUAAAAUCUCCAAAGAAGCGAUAAAUUCCCUUUAUGAGAUUUAUGCCAAAUUUUUCUAUCUUUCAUCCAGGGCUGACUGAAAGUAUGACUAAGAAUUGGGAGACUCUUAUGUUUCAAGCCUAUUUAAUCUCAUUUCCCAGAUCAUAUUUUAUGUCCAGUAACACAGAAGCAACCAAGUACAGUAUGGCCUGAUAAUAUAUUGAUUUCUUAGCUGAUGUUACUGUUUCUUUCUUCCUUGGCACUGCUACCCACCCCUCAAUUCAGGCAACAAUGAAGUUAAUGGGUACCCUCUGCCCUUGGUUCAGAAUUGUUAAAGCAAAAAUUUUAAAACCAAAAAGUGAGUUUGUACUAAUUUCAA